AUCAUGCAUUUCCACCAGGCAGGAAGUUGCCAACCAGGAAGUAGAGUGAGGUUACUCAAUGCUGCUCAGCAGUAGUAAGUGCAGGAGAUGAAGGGCAGCCAGCUCUAUAGAUGUCUGUCCCUGCAGGGCAAUAAGCUCCAGCUGCUGCAGCUCCUCUUCCAGGGACACAAGGGAACAGGUCAUAGGACUUGGAGGAAAGGUUUUGUCACCUCGGCAGCACUUCCGUCUGGUUAUGAUGUGAGACAAGUGGAGAUUACACCCCUGGAGCAGAGGAAGCUCACGUUUGAUACUCACGCCUUAGUGAGGGACCUGGAGACUCACGGAUUUGAUAAAGUUCAAGCAGAGACAAUUGUAUCAGCCUUGGCAACACUGACAAAUAUCAGUAUAGACACCGUCUACCGGGAUAUGGUGACAAGAGCCCAGCAGGAGAUAACGCUGCAGCAGAUAAUGGCUCACUUGGACUCCAUCCGCAAAGACAUGGUGAUCCUGGAGAAGAGCGAGUUUGCCACGCUGAGAGCGGAGAAUGAGAAAAUGAAAAUUGAAUUAGAACAUGUGAGACUUCACCUUUUGAACGAGACCAACAGGAUCCGCGCCGAUGCCAAACUGGAUAUGAACCUUGAGAGAAGUCGUCUGACUGACAUGUUUACAGAACAAGAGAAGAAACUGAUGGAAGCCAACACUGAAUUUCAUAAAAAAAAUGCCACAACAGACACCGUCAUUUCAGAAAUCAACCAAAAGAUUGAUAUAGAUAUCGCCUCCCUAAAGACCCUGAUGGAAUCCCAUAAACUGGACACCGUCCGCUAUAUGGCAGCCUCCGUAUUUACCUGCCUGGCAAUAGCCCUGGGCUUUUAUCGUCUAUGGAAAUAGCACCCGGGGAAACCCUUUACCCUGUAAAUAAACCGUCUGUAGAAACCUCACCACUAAGCACUCGGCCAAUGAAUGGAGAGUCACGUUGCUGCCAGAUAUCCCAUGUUCUACACUUGUGCCCGGAGCAACACUCUUAUUAUAUAUAUAUUAUAUUAUAUAUGACUGAUCUGCAACCAGAUCUGUUGCUGUUUUUGAGCUACAAUUUCCAACGUCUACCGACAGCAGUGCAUCCUGGGAGUUGUAGUUGAACAAAUAUAAAGCGCACAGUUUGCAGCCUUAUGCUGACGACUCUUGAAUUUUUUGCUCUUUUAAUGUAGAACAAUUUUUGGUUGCACAGCUGGGAAUCUGUUGUUAAUGUCCCCAGGGGUAUGAAUGACAGAUUGGAGGAUGAUCAAGAAUACAAAUACA